AUGGCCACGCCGGAGGCAGACGUCGGCGCCCCCGUGAGCGUGACGGCGCCGAUGAUGCUGCACGGGCGCGUGGCGAUCGUCACGGGCGGCGCCGGCGGCAUUGGCUCGGCCGUGUCGAGGCACCUGGCGUCCCUCGGCGCGCGCGUGGCCGUCGCCUACGUCGGGGACCCGGCGCCCGCGCGGGACCUCGUGGCCGCCAUCAACGCCGCCCCCGAGCACGGCGCUUCUGACCCUGGAGGCCCGCGCGCCGUGGCGGUGGAGGCGGACGUGUCGGACGCGGCGCAGGUGCGGGCGCUGUUCGACGCGGCGGCGGCGGCGUUCGGCGGGGAGCUGCACGUGCUGGUCACGGCGGCGGCGGUGAUGGACACCUCCUACCCGCCGCUGGCCGACACCAGCGAGGCGGCCUACGACGCGGCCUUCGGCACCAACGCGCGGGGCACCUUCCUGUGCCUCCGCGAGGCGGCGCGCCGGCUGGCCCGCGACGGGCGGGGGCGGAUCGUCACCUUCUCGUCGUCCGGGGUCGGGUCGCUGCGCCCGGGCUACGCGGCGUACGCGGCCAGCAAGGCGGCCGUGGAGACCAUGACGAGGAUCCUGGCGCGGGAGCUGCGGGGCACCGGGAUCACCGCCAACGCCGUGGCCCCGGGGUCCACGGCCACGCCCAUGUUCUACGGCGGCAAGACGGACGAGGAGGCCGAGCGGUACAUCGCGGAGGCGCCGCUGGGGAGGCUGGGGAUGCCCGAGGACAUCGCGCCGCUUGUGGGCUUCCUCGCCAGCGACGCCGGCGGGUGGGUCAACGCCCAGGUCCUGCGCUGCAACGGCGGCACCAUAUGAUCUGACAUGAUUAGUGUUCGAGUGUUUCGUUGGCUUCGUAGCAGUGCUCUUUUUUCUCUCGUUGUUGGUGCGUUAUCCGUGCUGUUGCGGUGGACUUUGUUGUGAAAUUCUGGUUGCUGCCACGACUCACGAGUUAGGCAUUCCUUACCCUAAAAAAAAAGGCAUUCCUCUCUUCUAGUAGGAGUACUAUGUAUUCAGUGUGUGUUGUUGGUCUCUGCAUCUUUUAUUCACAAACACCGUUGGAAAUUGGGGUGUGAA